AUCGGGGCCGAGAGCACGAUGGCGCUCCUCGCCGCCGGCCCGGCUGGGGUACUGGUGGGCCCAGGCGCGGGGAACGACCUGAUCGGGCUGAGGGCGCUGCGCGGGGGCGCCCAGUCGAUCGCCGCCAUCUCGUUCCCGCGGGGCCUCGGCGGCGUUUUCCGGGUCGCGGGGGCCACCGUGCUCCUCGGACGUUCCGCGCGCCCCGUCGGCGGGGCUGCUGGGCUAGGCCUGAGGCGCGCCAUCGACCCGCCCGAGAAUGCGAUGGCGAGCGGGCUUCUUGGCGCGGCCAUCAAGCUGCUCAG